AUGGCAUCGCGACCCGCAAAACCGGAGAAGAGCGCCUCCCGUGCGCCGUUGACGCAGUGGUACAACUCGGGCGCUCUCUCCACGCUCUUCGUCGUCGCGGCGACGUAUCUUUUCUUCGCCGUCACCUAUCAAGCCAGCCAUGUGUUUGGUUUGUCGGUGCCGCUGUUGUCGCGGCUGCCACGGCCCUCGUUUCUGCAGCCCAAGGCCGCUGCCAUCCCGUCACAUGCCCAGGUCAUUGACCAGCGGGCAUUCAAUGCGCUGCCUCACGUCCCGCCGUCGACUGAGUUCAAUGGCACCGGCAAGCCCUUUAUUCCACCUGGCCACACCUUGGACUCUCUAAAGGCGCGCCCCUUUCACAUCUACGACCCGGCCUUUGCGGCCCUGCUUGGCCCUGAUCCGACGCUGACGCGCAUUGCCGUGUCGGACAAGGACCCGCUCUUCCACGAGGCCGUCGUCUGGUCGCGUGGCACCGACGAGGUGUUUUUCGUGCAGAACGCCGGGGCCCCCGACGCCGGCACUGGUCUGGCCAAGUCGGCCAUUAUCCAGAAGAUUUCGCUGCGGGAUGCGCAGGCGGCCGCCGACCGCAAAAAGGCCGGCGCCGGUGAUGCCGACACCGUGGUGCCCGUGGCCGUGGUCGACGCGUCGCCGCAGGUCGUCAACCCCAACGGCGCCGCCAACUACCGCGGCCAGAUUCUGUUCGCCGGCGAGGGCAUGGGCCCCGACGUGCCCUCGGCGCUCUACGCCAUGCACCCGCGGCCGCCCUACAACACCACGGUGCUGCUCAACAACUACUUUGGCCGCCAGUUCAGCUCGCUCAACGACGUCGCCGUCCACCCGGCGUCGCGCCACGUCUACUUCACCGACACCCUCUAUGGCUUCCUGCAGGACUUCCGGCCCGCCCCCGGCCUGCCCAACCAGGUCUACCGCUGGAACGACGCCACCGGCGCCGUGACGGUCGUGGCCGACGGGUUCACGCUGCCCAACGGCCUGGCCUUCUCGCCCGACGGCCGGCACGCCUACGUCUCGGACACGGGCAUGCACCACGGUCUCCGCGGCUUUGACGCGCGCGACCCGGCCACCAUCUACCGGUUUGACGUCCGCGCCGACGGCACCUUUGACAACCGCAAGACGUUUGCCCAUGUCGACGCGGUCGUGCCCGAUGGCGUCCACUGCGACGCCGAGGGCAACGUCUACGCCGGCUGCGGCGAUGGCGUCCAGGUCUGGAACCCUGCGGGCACGCUGCUCGGCAAGAUUUUCCUGGGCACCGGCGCCGCCAAUUUUCAGUUUGCAGGUGCCGGUCGCAUGGUCGUCUGUGCCGAGACGGAGCUCUACUACGUGACACUGGCCGCUGUCGGCGCGGUUGUUGAGGAAGAGAUGUAG